CUGUUCAGGAAGUCCAUUCCAAUAUGCAGUCGCAUCUACCUUGGCUACGAAGGUGAUUGCUUCUGCAAUGGUCACUCGUCAGCCUGCGAUCCAUUCACUCAUCAGUGUCUCAACUGCGCCGACAACACCUAUGGAAUACAGUGUGAAAAAUGUUUGGAUGGAUUUGAAGGUAGUGCACUGCUAAGUGAAGUUGGAUGUCUGCAAACUGGUCAUAAUGUAGGGUUUACGGAAUGCACAUGCAACGCGCAUUCAGCACAGUGCGACGAAGAUGGCGAAUGUUUGAACUGCAAGCAUAACACUGCAGGAAGUCAGUGCGAAAAUUGUGCAGAAGGUUUCUACGGUGAUGCAACCCAAGGAACAGCAGAAGACUGCAUCCCAUGUCCAUGCCCGUUCGUUCUUUUCCCAUACUUUUUUUAA